GCUGCUCGUUUGCAAAUACCUGUGUAAUGUUUGCACGGUGGGACUGGCGCUUCAAGCAUUACCUGCUCAGGUAACAGGCUCUUUGCACACUCACUUCAGAGUUAUGUAGAACAACACGCACUCUGAUUUAAAGUGUUUUUCAAACUGUCCGGAGAAAGGCACAGAGACAGAGGCUCUAAUUGGAAGCACUGCACUCGGAAUUAUGUCAGUUUUGGUGUGUUGUAGACAAACUAGAAUGGACAUGUAUCUUCAAGCAUAACAAUAAUAUUAUAGCUGCCAAAUACGAUGGAUUAUCGACGGAAGAAGAAGCUGACAUUCUUCACCAUUGGGCUCAUAUUUCUACUUAGCGGUGUGGAAUAUGCUGUAAUACUGCCCACAAUAUGGAGGUACUUGCAGACUUUAGAAGCAGCACCUUACUUUCUGGGUUUGGCGCUGUCAGCAUUCAGCUUGACCGGCCUCCUCACAGGACCACUGUUUGGCUACUGGUCCGACAAAACACGGACCACUAAGAAGAUCAUCUUGUUUGCCAAUCUUUUUGAGAUGAUUGGUAAUUUUAUGUACUUUAUGGGAUAUUCCAAGUGGCUCUUACUGUCAAGCAGACUGGUGGCAGGUAUCGGAACAGGUUCUGGCUCAUCUAUCUUUGGUUUACUGACCAGAAUCACCGCCCCCGAGGACCGCGCCACUGCUUUUGCUGCAGUCAUGGCAUGUCGACAAGCUGGCCUUCUGAUUGGUCCAGCAUUUAACAUCUUCCUGAGGUUGUGUGAUUUCCAACUGGGUCCUUUUUCUGUCAAUAAAUAUACAGCGCCAGGGCUGUUCAUGUGUCUGCUGUGGACUCUCAUUCAACUGGCGGUAAUCUUCAUGUACUGGGACCUACCUCCUCUGGAGAAAGAGAAGGCCAAAGACAGAUUAAGAGGCCAGAGCAAGGACGAGGAGGACGAGCAAGGGCUUGUGGAAGAGGACAAUGAUGAGGAAAAGCCGCUAAUGGGUUCCCAGGAGAUAGGGGGGUCCUACGGCUCAGUGGUAGCGUCCAACACAGCCAUGUCAGACCCUUCUGCUACCUCAAAUGCUACGCUGAAUCACAUCUCUCCACCUCUCUCUCCAGAGCCACCAGAGUCCCAUGAGUCUUCCAGCCCCUCUAAGUUCUCUAGCAUAUCUCGAGAGUUCCUGAGAGAAGAGGUGGUUGUGCUGCUGGCUGCUCAGUUCAUCACUCUCUUCAAUCAGACGGCACUGGAGACCAUGGUGACCCCGAUGACCCAGAAGUACUUUGGCUAUGGGGAGCUGGAGAACAGCUUGAUGUACUGCCUCUGCGGGGUGGAGGUGAUCGUUGCCUUCCUGUUAGUGCGCUGGCUGAGCCAGCGUGUUACUGAGCGAGUUAUCCUUGUCAUCGGACUGACGAUCUGCAACAUCUCUGCUGUCUGGUGCUUAAUCUUCCUGGCAAACCCACUAGGUGUUUUCCCAUUGCAGCUGACUGAAUUCGUCAUUGGAGUGUUUCUGCAGGUUUUGGGUUUGCCAUUUGUAGCUGUGGCUCAGGUUUCCCUCUUUUCCAAAAUCACUUCUGAGAAAACACAAGGUUUCAAUCAGGGCGUGCGCCGCUCAGUGGGGGGUCUAGCUACCAUCCUGGGUCCUCUGUGGGCUGGGGGCCUCACAGACAACAUGUAUAUCAUGAUGGGGGUGAUGAUGGGACUGCUGGCACUGCUUACGGUUACGCUGGCUUUCUCAUACGACCGGUUGCUUCCACCUGCUGUAGAGGAGCAAAUGGAUGACUCGGACAACGUUGGCUAAACCAGCAGAAGGCAGAUGGGAUAAACGUGGAUAUAAAAGUGGGAGAUUCCCUGUCCUGCACUUAACAGUCCAUCCAAUGUUUCACUUUCUGCACUGGGACCAGCAAGCAGGGUGACGACACACACACACACACACACACACACACACCUCAUCACCUCCUGAGGGCUAACCUAACACUUGGACUUUGCGUGCAGAGGCUGAUCAAAGCACUCAUAUGGUGCAUGUAUACAUUUCCCAUGGAAAUAUGGAGUCCUGCUGACACAGUGUGUGCAAGCUUUGGAUUAAUGGUUUCCGUGUUUUUGUUCUGCACUGAGUACCAUCUCUCACAUUCUGAUAUCAAUGAACAUGCCAAAUCGUAAGCUGUUGUAGCUGUCCAUGAGCUGUAGGAGUGUAAAUGAGCUGUUUAACCUUAACACUUGUUCUUUAACUUAAUUAACCAGCUCCCUGAAGAGCUGGGUUGGUGAAACUACCAAAAGCUUGGCGUCAGGGUUGUUUUUGACGGUUAGAAAAUCAGGCUUUAUUGUAGUAAAAUAUUCAAAAUUAAGACCAAGACAUUACUUUGCCCAUAAACCCAAAGUAUUUCAACCUUGACAAAAUAUCAUUUAAAUCCACUUCAUUCCAUUUACAUCUGAUAUAGGAAGCUUUCUCCUUGAACAGCAAAAUAUUUACAGAAACGAUUAUUUUUGUUUUAAAUGUAAAUUUGUGUGUUUUUAGAAAUUAAUACUUUUAUUCUUGCCUCUACUAUUGAUGCAAUAUGUUUGGUCACUAAAAUAACUACUAACACUAACACAAAAUAUUAAAUAAAUGUAUUUAAACGGUUUUUCAUGCCAUGGUGAAUCAGAAAUCUUUAUUUGAAACAUUACUUUAAAUACCAGUAAUACACUUUCUAAGGGAAACACUAAAUACUAUUGAGGUCUGUCAAACCCUGAUUGAAGGUUGUUAAUUGAAGAUCUAAUAUUCCUGCUGUGAGGGCGAAGAAAGGAUAAAAUACAUUUCCUGCUUUGAAAAAACAGAGCAGUACCAUUGUGUAACACUAGUGGGAGCUCUUAGUCUACUGAAGUAUAUCCCUGUUGUUACUGCUGAGCCUUAUGAUCGCAGUCUGUACAUAACUCCAUACAUAACUCCAUACAGUGCACUGUCACAAAUACACAUCUAGGGAAAAACAGCUGGGGUGGGAACUUUGUUGUAGAAAAACAGCCUUUCACGGUUUUAGGUGGCAGUACAGAAAACAGACACUAAUAAAUCCAAUAAUAUUAAGGCUUUACAUUUUGUGGUGUACCUCUUUAUAAUUUGUUCAGGUUUUUUUUUUUACACAAACACAAACAACUUUAUGAAUUAUGAGACUGUUUAUUUAUUAUUUAUUAUGCAUCUAUUUAUUAGAUAUGUUAUGAGCCCC